AUGUUCAAAUUGUCCCUUGCUUUGAUCGCUCUUUGCGGAGCUGCUCUGGCCUACGAGCAUCACGGCUUCGUCAGCGAAGUUAAACACAUUCCGUACAAGUAUUUCGGCGGUGGUGGCAUCAGAGGAGGACAGGGAGGUUUUGAGGGAGGAUUUGGAGGAGGUAUCAGCGAAGGUGGUUUCGAGGGUAAGGACUACUACGCCUAUCCGAAGUACAAGUUCGAGUAUGGAGUUAAGGACUACCACACCGGAGACCACAAGAGCCAGUGGGAGGUGCGCGAUGGAGAUGUCGUGAAGGGAGAGUACACUCUGGAUGAACCGGACGGUUCGACCCGUAUCGUGAAGUAUCACGCCGAUAGCAAGAACGGAUUCGAGGCCAUCGUCAAGAACAUUGGCAAGGGAGGUCUGCAGCAGGGAGGUGGAUCGUCGUUCGGCGGUGGCCAGGAAGGACUCGGCGGAGGCUACGGAUAUGGCCACGGAUACAGCUACAGCAAGCUGAAGAAGUUCAACUAA